GAAGACCGGGUGGGGCUGGCGGCCGAGGCUGUGGUGGCGGUGGCUUCAGCGCGGGGCGCGAGGCGGCGGCGGCCACACUCUGGCUUGGUGCUCGCGGCUCCCGGCGGCGCCAUGGACGAGGCCGUGGGUGACCUGAAGCAGGCGCUGCCCUGCGUGGCCGACGGGCCGACGGUCCACGUGGAGGUGCUCCAGCGGGGCGGCAGUACUGCAAAAAAGGAGGACAUAAAGCUGAAUGUUAAGAAGCUGCUCAACAGACACAAUAUAGUGUUUGGUGAUUACACAUGGACUGAGUUCGAUGAACCUUUUCUGACAAGAAAUGUACAGUCCGUGUCUGUUGUUGACACAGAAUUAAAAGUUAAAGACCCACAGCCCAUUGAUCUGAGUACAUGCACUGUUGCACUGCACAUCUUCCAGCUAAAUGAAGAUGGCCCCAGCAGUGAGAAUUUGGAGGAAGAGACGGAGAACAUAAUUGCGGCAAAUCACUGGGUUCUGCCUGCAGCUGAAUUCCAUGGGCUUUGGGAUAGCCUCGUGUAUGAUGUGCACGUCAAGUCACACCUCCUUGAUUAUGUGAUGACAACUUUAUUGUUUGCAGACAGGAAUGUCAACAGUAACCUCAUCACCUGGAACCGGGUAGUACUGCUACAUGGUCCUCCAGGAACAGGAAAAACGUCCCUGUGUAAAGCAUUAGCUCAGAAACUGACCAUUCGGCUUUCCAGCAGGUACCGGUAUGGCCAAUUAAUAGAAAUAAACAGCCACAGUCUCUUUUCUAAAUGGUUUUCAGAGAGUGGCAAGCUGGUGACUAAGAUGUUCCAGAAGAUUCAGGAUUUGAUUGAUGAUAAAGAUGCUCUGGUGUUUGUGCUGAUUGAUGAGGUGGAGAGUCUCACGGCUGCCCGAAAUGCCUGCAGGGCAGGUGCUGAACCGUCAGAUGCCAUCCGCGUGGUCAAUGCUGUCCUCACCCAGAUCGAUCAGAUUAAAAGGCAUUCCAACGUCGUGAUUCUGACCACUUCCAACAUCACUGAGAAGAUAGAUGUGGCUUUUGUAGACAGGGCUGACAUCAAGCAGUAUAUUGGGCCACCCUCCAUGGCAGCCAUUUUCAAAAUCUACCUCUCAUGCUUGGAGGAACUGAUGAAGUGUCAGAUCAUAUACCCUCGCCAGCAGCUGCUCACCCUCCGGGAGCUAGAGAUGAUCGGCUUCAUUGAAAACAACGUGUCGAAGUUGAGCCUUCUUCUGAGUGAAAUUUCAAGGAAGAGUGAGGGCCUCAGUGGCCGGGUCCUGAGGAAGCUCCCUUUCCUGGCUCAUGCGCUGUACGUCCAGGCCCCUACUGUCACCAUAGAGGGGUUCCUCCAAGCCCUGUCUCUGGCAGUGGACAAGCAGUUUGAAGAGAAAGAGAAGCUCACAGCUUACGUUUGA